AUGAGGUGGAGUCGCAAGGACCGUGACGGUCCCCUCCCUCCCCCAUGCCGGCUGCGACUGGCAGAGACUGGAGCCACCGGAAGCCUGCUCAUCCAUGGAGGCAUCCCUAGUAGCUGCGGCGGAGUGGCCGUCGGAGGCACCGGCGUGAGCUCCUUCGCCGCCAAGAGCCUCAACUACAUAUGCCCGAGAAUCACGUCACCUCUCAAGCUCUGCCCACGCCUGGUGAGAAGCAAGCAGUCUGAACUUUCAAGGAAUUUAGUGAUUGGCAAGCUUGUGUCCCACGUCUUGUUUGCAGUACUAAUAAUAUUUGUUCAUUGGUCCAUGGGUGGAGUAGCACCGGUGAAACCCUUGGCUAAGGUGGACAAUCUUACUACUCACAGUCUUUACUCUGAUUUGGCAAAUAGAUGCAUGUCAGUCAGAGCUUUUCCUGGAGCUGCAGCUCUGAAGAUGAUUCAAUUGAGGAGAAGAGAGAGGAUCAAUGAAAGACUAAGCACGCUGCAGCAGCUAAUUCCUAAUGGCACCAAAGUUGACAUGAGCACUAUGCUGGAGGAAGCAGUUCAGUAUGUCAAGUUCCUGCAGCUGCAAAUAAAGUUGCUUCUUGCAAGUAUGAGCAAGAAGUUCUUUUGA